UCUUCACUAAAUCAUCUGCAUCUCAAGUUUAUCAUACUACCGUCUCUAAUGGCCGAAGAGAAGACCGUGAAGAAGAAGACUCCAACGGCGGCGAAGAAGCCGCAAAAUCCGAAAACUGCUCAUCCUCCGUACUUCCAGAUGAUAAAAGAGGCGUUGAUGGCUCUAAAGGAGAAGAACGGAUCAAGCCCUUACGCUAUAGCUAAGAAGAUAGAGGAGAAACAUAAGCCCUCACUUCCCGAGAGCUUUCGUAAAACACUUUCUCUACAGCUCAAAAACUCUGAGGCCAAAGGUAAGCUCGUGAAGAUCAGAGCCUCCUACAAGCUCUCAGAGACAACCAAGAUGACAACGAGGCAGCAAGACAAGAAGAAGAAACUGAAGCAAGAAGAUAGAGAGAAGAAGAAGGCAACGACGACGACAAGGUCCAAGAAAACUAUGUCUGUGAACAAACAAGACAAGAAGAGGAAAGCCAAGAAAGCAAGACAACCCAAGUCCAUCAAAUCUUCAGCUGGUAAGAAGAAGGCCAUGAAAGCUUCGGCUGCUUGAUCACUGGUAUAAGAAGAGACUUUGUGUGAAUAAGAAUAAUGUCUUUUUUUUUUGUGUGUCUGUAAAAUGACUGACUCUGUUUCUGGUUUUGGUGUGGUUUCUUUUGGGUUUGAGAGUAAAGACUUAAAGAGUCUUCUAAUGUAAAACUAGUACUACUAUG